AUGCCGCCGCGAAGAGUUAGAGAGGAAUCUCCUCGCUCCACAGGACCUGGAGCGUCAUCAUCUACAGACUUGACCGAGAGCCUGCGCCAGCUCACCCAGUUGACUCAGACCAUAGGAGCUGCCGUACUCAAUGGGAAUAACGGUGGCGGUGAUGUGUCUAGGAAGAUCACGGGACGCAAUCCACCGUGCUACUUGGGUCAGGAGGAUCCGGAAGUUCUCGAGAGUUGGAUCCGCACGUUUGACAAGCUGCUUGAUGUGGUAGGAUGCCCAGAGGAUAAGCAAGUAGAGGCUGCUGUAUACUAUCUACAGGGAGAGGCCGAUCACUGGUGGGUCACGGAAGGACCGACUGUUCAGGCGAGAGAGGGGUUUGACUGGGAGAUGUUCAAGAUGGUGUUGAGGGAGAGGUUCUAUCUGGAGCAUGUCAAGGCUGCCAAGUAUGAGGAGUUUCUGCAUCUCGAGCAAGGAAGCUCGACUGUCCAGGAGUGUCAUGCCCGCUUUGUGGCACUAUCUCGAUUCGCUCCUACCUUGGCACCUGAUGAGAAGUCUUUCUCCGCGGCGAGAUUUGCUACUUUGACUGAAGCCUAUGAUGCAGCUGCUGGUUACUCUAGGCUUCAACAGUUGCACCGAGAUGCCAUGCAGGGAAUGAAGAAAAAGAAUGAGGGUGUGGAUUCACAUUUGAACAAGGGGCACAGGUUCAAUCCGACGAGCAGGUUUGACAACCGAGGCCGGGAAAGGAGGAAUAUGACUAUGAGACAGGGAGUUGGAGCCGGAGGACCACCGAGUGAGAGGGUUUCGGUAUGCCCGAGAUGUGGCAAGGACCAUCCUAGGACCACUUGUGGAGCAUUGCGCGUGGUUUGCUUCCAAUGUGGGAAAUCGGGACAUAGAGCUGCUACUUGUCGUUCUCCGAGGACUGAGGGAUCUCAUGGUACGAUCCCGAGCCAGCCACCCAGAGGUCCGAUCAAUCAGGCGCCGAAUCAAACUAUGGGACGUGGUUACCCACCGAAAGGAGGUCCGCACAAGAAUGGGAAUCAUGGACGAGGUGGAGCGCAGCAAGGACGUACCAGAGGAGCUGGACCAGGGAGGAUCAUGGUCAUGGGACAAACUCAGGCUGGAGGCCAAUCUUGA